ACGUGCUGCUCUGAGUCAACAAGGCAUACAAUCAAAUAGUGAAUCACGUACGAAGCCUUAGUAAAAAUAUGUUCCAAAGUUGCUAGCCAUCAGUGUGUGGCCUUGAAAAAGGGCAAAAGGGUUCAGUUAAAGAUUAGCGUGUAUCGGGUUAAAAUUGCCAAUUUUAUUGCGAAACCGAAUCGGAUUUGGGAGAGAAAAACAAACAAAUACACACUCAUUCACACACGAUUGAUAGUCGGCGUUUCGUGUUUACCUCGCAUUGCAUUUACUCGUAGCUACUCGGCGUGAUUAGUGUAGUGCUCUCUGUUCGUGUCGAUCGCUGUCUAGUGUGUAGUUACUAAGCAAGCGAUACUGAUUAUAUUUCUUGGACAUUGUGCGUUUUACUACAAGCGUUCUAAUGUUGUAUAUCGAACUGGAAAAGUGUGUUGCAUAAUUCGGGGUUGUAAUCUUCAAAACGUAUUUGUUCGGUUCGAGUAUUUUCGAAAGUGUGUGAAUAAAUAGUUGCAAGGUAGAAAUGUCACUAUUUGUGACGCGACGCGUUGGAAACCUUAUAAAUGUGCAUCUGACAAGGUUCCUUCGCACGCACACCUCUGCGCUAGUGACGAAUAUCCCGAUUCUUGAAAGAAGCUGUCCUCCCACGAUAGAGGAAAACUUCGAGUACGACCUGGUCGUCAUCGGCGGUGGCUCCGGUGGGUUGGCUUGCGCCAAGGAAGCCGUCCAGUUCGGGGCCAAAGUGGCUGUGCUGGAUUUCGUCAAACCAUCGCCCCGUGGCACAAAGUGGGGUCUCGGUGGGACCUGCGUGAACGUUGGAUGCAUUCCCAAGAAGCUGAUGCACCAAGCGGCUCUGCUCGGUGAGGCUAUCCAUGAUUCUCAGCCCUAUGGGUGGAAAUUUGCCGAUCCGACAUCCGUCAAGCACGAUUGGGCCACCCUGACCGAGUCGGUGCAGAAUCACAUUAAAUCCGUCAACUGGGUGACUCGGGUGGAUCUACGCGACAAGAAAGUUGAGUACGUCAAUGGGUUGGGUUACUUCCAAGAUGCCCACAAUGUGGUGGCUGUGAUGAAGAAUCAAACCGAACGUGUGUUGAACGCCAAGUACGUGGUCAUCGCUGUUGGUGGUCGCCCACGCUAUCCAAACAUUCCGGGCGCCGUGGAGCACGGCAUUACCAGUGAUGACAUCUUUAGUUUACCCCAAGAGCCAGGCAAAACGCUGGUGGUGGGAGCUGGCUACAUCGGACUGGAGUGCGCCGGUUUCCUAAAAGGAUUGGGUUACGAUGCGACCGUGAUGGUGCGAUCAAUUCUGCUGCGUGGUUUCGACCAGCAGAUGGCUACCAUGGUUGGCGACGCAAUGGUUGAGAAAGGCAUCAAGUUCAUACACAAAACUCAACCUAAAUCGGUAGAGAAACAGGAUGAUGGCCGCCUGCUCGUGAAAUACGCUUCCGAUGAUGGUACCGAGGGUAGCGAUGUGUACGAUACGGUCUUAUUUGCCAUUGGCCGAACUGCUUUGACCGAUGAUUUGAAACUGGAUCAGGCAGGUAUUGUUACGGCUGAAGGAGGCAAGUCCGAUAAGCUUGAUGUAGACACGUUCGAAACGACGAAUGUUGCGAAUGUUUUCGCCGUUGGUGAUGUGUUGUACAAGAAGCCUGAAUUGACGCCGGUGGCUAUACAUGCUGGUCGUCUGUUGGCACGACGACUUUUCAACAAUCAAACCGAUGUGAUGGAUUACGUCGAUGUGGCGACAACCGUGUUCUCUCCUCUGGAGUAUGGCUGCGUUGGACUGAGCGAAGAGGCUGCCGAGGAACAGUUCGGCAAGGACAAGGUCGAGGUGUACCACGCGUACUACAAACCAACGGAAUUCUUUGUCCCACAGCGUAGUGUGCGGUACUGCUAUCUGAAGGCGGUAUCCCUGUUGGAAGGAGACCAGAAGGUUCUUGGAUUACACUUCCUCGGCCCAGCUGCGGGAGAAGUCAUCCAAGGCUUUGCCGCUGCCUUGAAAUCGGGACUCACGAUGAAGAUUUUGAAGAAUACUGUCGGUAUCCACCCAACCGUGGCAGAGGAAUUCACCCGACUGCUGAUUACGAAGAGUUCCGGACUGGAUCCAACUCCAGCCACAUGCUGCAGCUAAAAACACUUACAGUCCCACACACAUCCCCUUUUCGCCACCACUCGAUGCUCGUGUAACCGUUGUAUUAUUAUAUGGUAGAUGCAGGAUAGAUCUCAAUCAAAUUGAGGUUUCGUCGUUUUUUACAUACAUUUGCUUUCGUCUUGUGGAAUAAAAUCAACACUGAUUGAAUCAGAA